AUGCAGGAUGACCCACACUACGUCAAACGCAAAAUCACCCCUGGCAUCUUGGACGUCCACCCCACAGAGAAGGCCCUGGUGGUGAACUAUGAGGUGGAGGCUUCCAUCCUGGGGGAGGAUGGAGGGUCCAUGCUGGGCGAGCGAAAGGAAUGCCAGAAAAUUAUCCGGGUGAAGAGCCUCAGCCCCACCACAGAUGUAGCAGCACUGGCAAAGAAGGUGGUGGAGGAGUGCAAGCUGAUCCCGGCUUCGUACCUGCCCCAUGUGGAACAGCUGCUGUACUACCUGCAGAACCGCAAGAGCUCCCCAGUGGAAGGACGAGCAGGAGAAAAGAAGGAGAAGAGAGUCGCAAAGCCCAAAGAGUUGGCACCAUUUGAAGGAAUGGAGCUGAAUGAAGAAGCCAGUAUCACAAAGGUGGAGGAAUACGUGGAACUGCUGUAUGAAGGCAUCCCAGAGAAAAUCCGCGGCUCCGCCCUCAUCCUGCAGCUGGCCCGUAACCCGGACAACCUGGAGGAGCUCAUGCGUAACGAGGCUGCUCUCGGGGCUCUGGCCAGGGUUUUGAGAGAAGACUGGAAACAAAGCGUGGAUCUGGCCUCCAUCAUUAUCUACAUAUUUUUCUGCUUUUCCAGUUUCUCCCAGUUCCAUGGAGUGGUGUGUCACUACAAAGUGGGAGCCCUGUGCAUGAGCGUCGUCGAGCACGAGCUGAAGAGACACGACGUUUGGAAAGAAGAGCUGCGCAAGAAGAACAAAGCCUGUGAGACAUCUCCAGAGAACGGAUCACUGCGGAGGGACCAGGACAAGGCCAUGCGGAAAUACCAGAGUCUGCUGGCCAAACAGGAGCAGCUGCUGAGAGUGUCCUUGUACCUGCUGCUGAACCUGGCGGAGGACACCAGGACGGAGCUGAAGAUGAGGAACAAGAACAUCGUGGGGCUCUUGGUCAAAGUCCUGGACCGGGAGGACGAGGAGCUGCUGGUGCUCGUGGUGUCGUUCCUCAAGAAGCUCUCCAUCUUCCUGGAAAACAAGAACGACAUGGCCGAACUGGACACGGUGGAGAAGCUGUCCCGCCUGGUUCCCUGUGACCACGAGGACCUCCUGAACCUGGCCCUCAGACUGCUGCUCAACCUGUCCUUCGACUCCGGCCUCAGAGCCAAGAUGGUGGAGGUGGGACUGCUGCCCAAACUCACCGCUCUGCUGGGCGACGAGAACAACAAGCAGGUGGCCAUGCGCAUCCUGUACCACAUCAGCAUGGACGACCGCUUCAAAGUCAUGUUUGUCUACACCGACUGCAUCCCACAGCUGAUGCAGAUGCUGUACGAUCACGGGGAGGAGGCGUCGGACAUGGAGCUGGUCUCUGUCGGCAUCAACCUGGCGGCGAACAAGAGGAACGCUCAGCUCAUGUGUGAAGGAAGCGGUCUGAAGAUGUUGAUGAAGAGGGCUCUGAAGAUGAAAGACUGCCUCCUGAUGAAGAUGAUCAGAAACAUUUCUCAACACGACGGGCCCACCAAGACACUAUUUAUUGAGUACGUUGGAGACUUGGCCGCAGAGAUCCGAGAGGAGGAGGAGGAGGAGUGGGUUCUGGAGUGUCUGGGGACUCUGGCCAAUCUCACCAUCCCUGACCUGGACUGGGAACUGGUGCUGAAGGAGUACAACCUGGUGCCCUACCUCAAGGACCGCCUCAAGCCAGAUUCGGCAGAAGACGACCUGAUCCUGGAGGUGGUCAUCAUGAUCGGGACGGUUUCCAUGGACGACGCCUGUGCCGCCAUGUUGGCCAAGUCUGGGAUCAUCCCGGCGCUGAUCGAGCUGCUCAACGCUCAACAAGAGGACGACGAGUUUGUGUGUCAGAUCGUCUACGUCUUCUACCAGAUGGUUUUCCACCAGGCCACACGAGACGUCAUCAUCAAAGACACGCAGGCUCCGGCUUACCUCAUCGACCUGAUGCAAGACAAGAACGCCGAGAUCCGCAAAGUGUGCGACAACACGCUGGACAUCAUCGCCGAGUACGACGAGGAGUGGGGCCGGAAGAUCCAGUCCGAGAAGUUCCGUUUCCAUAACAACCAGUGGUUAGACAUGGUGGAGAGCCGGCAGGUGGACGAGUGCGAGCCCUAUCUCUAUGACAACGACACGGAGCGCACCGACCUGUUCUACAGCACAGACGGCAUCACUCCCGGAGACGGCUCCGUCAGCCCAGACUUCUACGGAGGUUUCCAUCGCUCCAAUGGAGACCUGUAUUUGGGAAACGGGGACCCUCCAGACGUGUUCGACCAGACCACCUCGUCUCCGGGGCGACCAGUGACCGCGUACGGCUUCAGACCCGACGAACAGCCUUUCUACAGCUAUUCUUAA